AUGUCUAAUCAUAUGAUAUGGAGAGGAAAAAUGCAAAACAUGAUACAAAGAACGACCUCGAAUUGUCAGAAAAGGCACGAAGAGCAAUCCGCAACACCAGCAGCGUUUUAUAAUGAAACGGAGUCGUCGACUCUCCAACGGCUGAAUUUGAACCCGAACACGGAGAUCUUAUCGGAGUUGCAGUCAAGUACGACAGACUCGUCGGAAAGCGAACAGGGGAGCGUAUCAGAGGUCCUCUUGGCAAUGGAAAGUAAUGUAGAAGAUUGUGGUAUUACAGCAGACUCUACUUUGCUAUUAAGGGCUGCCAGAAGUGGUAAUCUGGGUUUAGUCAAUUGGUUGCUUAAGCACCGUACAGACGUGAACACCCGUUCCAGUUUUGGAAACACACCCUUUGUGUAUGGAUGCAUCGGUGGACAUGAAAAGGUUGUACGUGUCUUAUUACAAGCGGGAGCUUAUGUUGAAACUCGUAACAAGAAAGAUCGCACACCUCUAAUGGAAGCAGCAAAAGCUGGUCAUGUUCGGGUUGCAAAAAUCUUAUUUGAACAUGGUGCUAACAUCGAUACUUGUUCCUAUUUUAAAGAAUCGGCAUUAAAAUUAGCCAACUAUCAUAGACAUUUAGAGAUGAGUCAGUUUUUAACGGAAGCUAGCACAAAUCAGAGAGCUGUGCGUCGACUUUCUGUGCUAAAGGGCUCGAGUUCAAAUCCAGCCAGAGUCAGAAAACAGCGAAUGUAUUAUUUUCGAUAA